AUGCCUGCAUCAGAGCCCGGAGCGAGCAGUGCACCGGGCCCCUCGUCCAUGUCCUCCCCUGGAGCAUCGGGAUCAGGCGCGUCCACUAACAGAAACAACUCAACCGGGCCCUCGACCGGCCGAAUCAACCCAGGUCAGCGUAUGUUGCCAGUUAGGCACCAAACAUAUACGCAGGACGAACCGUUGCAUUCGCGGCUGGGCCCCAUUCUAGAGGCCCAGUUGGGUCCUAUGAUCGCUCCUGCAGUCAUUACAUUAAUCGAGAACCUGCAGCGUAUGACAGCUGCUGAAAACGAUGGAGAUCAGGCCUUCCGAUCCGGGAUCCCCUAUACGAACGGAUCCGGGCGUGUUCAAGAUGGGGACUCGCAGCUUGAUACGGCGAUGUCGAUUUGCCGUACUGAACUGAACCAUUCCUUUGACAAGUGCAUGACGGCUGUCAACGAUCAAUUGCAUGACUGUAAGCAACAGAACCGUGAGUUAACUAGGAGGCUUGAAAAUGAGACGAAUGAACGAUCUUUUUUGGAAGAAAGGCUACAACAGCUGCAUCGUGAAGUCAACAAGAACCCUCAGCCGCAGGUUGAGCUCAACGAGGCCGUCAAGAAAGAUGAUUUGCAAGAGGCACCAUGUACCUGCAAACGAAAGCGUAAAGAUCCCCAAUUCCAGCUGUCAAAGGCUAAAACAACUAUUGUGAAGCAUAUUAAAACCAUCAAUCAACUUCGGGCCGAACAUCGCAACGACAAGGAGCGGGUGACGACGCUAAGGGCCCAACUACAGGAGCUGAAAAUUAUGAAUCACAAUCUUAUACUUCAGCACUGCGACGCUAGAAAUGAGAAAAAUGAGCAGGAUCAGAAAUGGCGUGGACAGACGGCAUUGCAUUAA